AGAUUGCAACAAUGAUGCAAGAAGGAGGAUGUUAAACUCGGCACAGACAGUCAUUUGAUGCUCUUUCCUUGUUACCUGGUGGGCGAGAGCCAGUGACGUCACGUCCCCGUUACGCGCUGAGCUCGAUCUCCUCCGCGCUGCAUUCGGAGCAGCUCGUUUAAUCAAGAGCAUUAAAACGCAUCUAAACCACGCGAGCCCGACAUCAUCAACAUCGGAUCAAAUAGGAAAACUGAAGAUGCUCCAGUCCCUCGCCGGUAAUUCGUGUGUGCGCUUGAUACAGAGCAAUAAAUCCGCGUGGUAUUUUCUGUUUCUGGUGCUCGGCUAUAUUCUGUAUCUCAUAUUCGGUGCGGUGGUGUUCUCCUCGGUGGAGCUGCCGUAUGAAGACGUCCUGCGCCAGGAGCUCAGAAAGAUCAAACGACAGUUCCUCCAGGAGCACGAAUGUCUGUCCGAGGAGCGGCUGGAGAGGUUUCUGUACAAAGCGCUGGAGGCCAGUAACUAUGGGGUGUCUAUUCUCAACAACGCAUCGGCUAGCUGGAACUGGGACUUCACCUCGUCUUUGUUUUUUGCAAGCACUGUCUUAUCAACCACAGGAUAUGGUCACACUGCUCCUCUCUCUGAUGGCGGGAAGGCUUUCUGCAUCAUUUACUCUGUAAUUGGCAUCCCUUUCACCCUCCUCUUCCUUACGGCUGUGGUGCAAAGGAUCAUGGUCUAUAGCACAUGGCGGCCCAUUAUGUACGUGCAUACACGCUGGGGUCUGUCUAAACCACUGGUGGCCCUCGUUCAUGCAACCCUGCUGGCCAUCGUGGCUGUGUCCUGUUUCUUCCUCAUCCCUGCCGCCAUCUUCUCUGCCCUAGAAGAGAACUGGAACUUUCUGGAGUCCUUCUACUUCUGCUUUAUCUCACUCUCCACUAUCGGUCUGGGUGACUAUGUGCCAGGAGAGGCCUUUAACCAGAAGUUUCGUGAGCUCUACAAACUGGGCAUCACUGUGUAUCUCCUCCUCGGUCUGAUUGCCAUGCUGGUGGUGUUGGAGACCUUCUGUGAGCUGCAGCAGUUGAAGCAGCUGAGGAAGAUGUUCUAUCUGAAGAAGGAGAAGCCCCAGGACCGCCUGGCCAUCAUGGAACAUGACCACCUGGCUUUUACCUCCAUGCCAGACGGUACCGUCAACUCGCCCCAGGAGGACAAAACAGAGCCCUUUGUGGACUUCCCUGUCCUAAGCUCUCCGGGAGGUGAUGACCCUAUGAUCAAGUAGAUGUUUUAGCUUCCAUCAACAUAACCUUCAAUUGAGGAAGACAUCUUUAGCCGAGGGGUCCCGCAAGUGACUGGUUGGCCACAGAAUUGUGAAAAUUACUUGAAAAUAUCACUUGAGAUUCUGCGUAUUUAACAACCCUCUACAAAACAAUGCCAAUCUGGCUUCCCAUUUCUUGACAUGAUGAAAUCGUUCAGUGUGCUUACUGGCUGAAUAUCUGCAAAUGAUCAUAAGCACACUUAGGCCUACUCUAUAAAAAACCUGGGAACUAGAUUAAAAAGCAUACGCAAUUGCACACUAAAAUCUAGUAUGUACUUGCCGAUUGAGAUUGUCGAAAUGGUAGAACCGCAACAGCAUUUGUGGUAUAAUGUUGUUUACCACAAAAAUGAAUUUCCACUUAUAUCUCCUUUUUUUU